AAAAAGAAGAAAACGAAUCUUCUAAGAACGUAACAACUAUCAUCAAAUCAAAACCUCAAAGAACCUUCCAUGGACUUUCUCUCAUUCCAUACCUUUAUAAACUCAUACACAACUACUUAUCUCUUCACUUCAUUAGUCUCCAAGAAGAAAACAUCUCUCACUCUCUAAAAUACACACUCUCAUCAAAAACCUUCUCUUCGGUUCAGAAGCAUUCAAGAAUCCAUUAUGAGCUCAUCUGAUUCCGUUAAUAACGGCGUUAACUCACGGAUGUACUUCCGUAACCCGAGUUUCAGCAACGUUAUCUUAAACGAUAACUGGAGCGACUUGCCGUUAAGUGUCGACGAUUCUCAAGACAUGGCUAUUUACAACACUCUCCGUGAUGCCGUUAGCUCCGGCUGGACACCCUCCGUUCCUCCCGUUACCUCUCCGGCGGAGGAAAAUAAGCCUCCGGCGACGAAGGCGAGUGGCUCACACGCGCCGAGGCAGAAGGGGAUGCAGUACAGAGGAGUGAGGAGGAGGCCGUGGGGGAAAUUCGCGGCGGAGAUUAGGGAUCCGAAGAAGAACGGAGCUAGGGUUUGGCUCGGGACUUACGAGACGCCGGAGGACGCGGCGGUGGCGUACGACCGAGCGGCGUUUCAGCUCAGAGGAUCGAAAGCUAAGCUGAAUUUUCCGCAUUUGAUUGGUUCUUGUAAGUAUGAGCCGGUUAGGAUUAGGCCUCGCCGUCGCUCGCCGGAACCGUCAGUCUCCGAUCAGUUAACGUCGGAGCAGAAGAGGGAAAGCCACGUGGAUGACGGCGAGUCUAGUUUGGUUGUACCGGAGUUGGAUUUCACGGUGGAUCAGUUUUACUUCGAUGGUAGUUUAUUAAUGGACCAAUCAGAAUGUUCUUAUUCUGAUAAUCGGAUAUAAUUAGUUUUAAGAUUAAGCAAAAUUUGUCCAACGAGUUUUGCUGUAUGAAAUAUCUAUCGAUGACUCAACAGGUUUUGAUCAUGAUCAUAUGUAAUGUGAUGGAAAUUAAAUAUUGACGUUUGUUUUUUUCUUCUAAAUUCGGUUCCAUAGUAAAACUUCUAUAAUAAUCUAUUUUCUUAUAUAACUAGGAAAAAAAAGAUUUCAAAU